AUGGCAGGUGGAGGUUUUGUGUCAGAAGGAGGAAGUGGUGGAAGAGAUUAUGAAGGAGGAGUCACAGUUUUCGUUGUCAUAACAUGUAUGGUUGCGGCCAUGGGAGGUCUCCUCUUUGGUUAUGACCUUGGAAUCUCAGGAGGUGUGACAUCAAUGGAUGAGUUUCUUAGCAAGUUCUUUCCACUGUUAGAGCGGCAGAGGGUAAAGGCGAAGCACGAGACGGCUUACUGCAAAUUUGAUGACCGAAAGCUCCAAUUGAAGUAUGGACGAAAGGUUUCCAUGUUUACCGGUGGACUUGCUUUCCUCACCGGUGCACUGAUCAACGCCUUUGCCAUUAAUGUCACAAUGCUCAUCAUCGGUAGACUUUUGCUCGGUGUAGGUGUGGGAUUUGCUAAUCAGUCAACUCCGGUUUACCUCUCGGAAAUGGCUCCAGCAAAGAUAAGAGGAGCGCUAAACAUUUGUUUAGCAGCUGUUCCAGCAAUUCUUAUGGUGAUCGGAUCAUUCUUUUUGCCCGAUACACCAAACUCAAUGCUUGAGAGAGGCAAAUACGAGGAAGCAAAACAAAUGUUGAAGAAAGUACGAGGAACGGAAAACGUUGACCAUGAGUUUCAAGAUAUACGCGAUGCAUGUGAAGCUGCUAAAAAGGUAGAACAUCCAUGGAAAAACAUCAGGCAGAGCAAAUACAGACCGGCUUUAGUCUUCUGCUCGGCCAUUCCCUUUUUCCAGCAGAUUACUGGAAUUAAUGUCAUUAUGUUCUACGCUCCUGUUCUCUUCAAGACUCUUGGUUUUGGAGAUGAUGCUGCUCUUAUGUCGGCUGUAAUAACCGGUGUAGUUAACGUGCUCGCGACCUUUGUCUCCCUAUACUCGGUUGAUAGAUUUGGAAGAAGGUUUCUUUUCCUUGAAGGUGGCAUUCAAAUGUUCAUAUGUCAGAUUCUUGUUGGUUCAUUUAUCGGUUUAAAAUUCGGAACCACGGGAACCGGAACCUUGACACCAGCAACAGCAGACUGGAUUCUUGUUUUCAUAUGUGUGUACGUUGCUGGAUUUGCAUGGUCAUGGGGUCCAUUGGGUUGGUUAGUACCCAGUGAGAUCUGUCCACUGGAAAUCAGACCAGCGGGACAAGCCAUCAACGUCUCAGUCAACAUGUUCUUCACUUUCCUCAUCGGUCAAUUCUUCUUGACAAUGCUUUGUCACAUGAAGUUUGGUCUCUUCUACUUCUUUGCAGGCAUGGUUGCCAUCAUGACCAUCUUCAUCUACUUUUUGUUUCCGGACACCAGAGGUGUUCCCAUUGAAGAGAUGGGAAGAAUUUGGAAGCAACAUUGGUUCUGGAAAAAUUACAUUCCAGAUGAUGCAGUUAUUGGUGGACAUGAUGAAAACUAA